UAAUUGUUACUCAGACGAGUCCAAUAAUUAAGCGAUAAAUAUACCAACAGUGUGGCGGUGAGAGGAGGGCGGCAGUCGAGCGGCAACAGCGUUACGUACCACACACCCGCGCCGGUGAUGGACCCCGAACUCGUUCGACAUUUUUCUAUCGGACGCCGUAGGAAUCUCACCUGACUAGUUCCCGCGCAACGCUGCGUUAGUGCGCCGCUCUGGUGAACCCUUUCGCUUGUAAAUGUGCCGAUAUUUACAUAUGCGCGCUCGUUCUCGCGUUGAACUUUCGAUAUGCGCCCGCGAGCCGCGAGGUGACGCGCGCGCAGCUCGGCGUUGCUGACGAGCCCGUGCCGCCCCAGCACGCUCACCUGUUCCACGACGUGCAAUGAGCUACGUAGUCGAGGAGAAUUAUGCGUGGGGCGUGCGCGUGCGCGGUGGUGUGCGCGUUGGUGGCGCUGUGUGCUAGCGCGGGGCUAGACGAGGCCGCGCGCUCCGCCGCCGAGAAGCAGCUGCUCGCGCUGCUCGGCAUGCCGCGCCGGCCCGAGCGCGCCGCCGGCCUGCCGGCCACGCCGGUGCCGCGAGCCAUGCGCCUGCUCUACGAGGCCCAAGGCGCCAUCCCGGUUGCCGCGGCCAACACGGCCCGCUCCUUCCAUCACACGCCCACUCCCGUGGACGACAGAUUCCCCGGCGAACAUCGCUUCCGUCUCUACUUCAACCUGACUGGAGUACCCGGCGAUGAAGUCGCCCGCGGCGCAGAUCUCACCUUCCAACGUGCGACUGGUGUGACCUCCACGCAAAGACUUUUAAUAUACGACGUGGUGAGACCCGGUAGACGUGGUAAAAGUGCUCCCAUUUUAAGACUUAUAGACUCUAUUCUGUUACGGCCCGCUGAGGGCGUAGUCAAAGCGGACGCGGUUGGUGCCGUGCGACGGUGGUUUGUUGAGCCUGAACAUAAUCAUGGACUCUUAGUGCGUGUAAUAGAAGAAGACUUACCUAGUACGGACGCGCGUGUACCUCACGUGAGGGUGCGGAGACGGGCUUCAGAGACCGAUGAAGAUUGGCGUGCGUCACAACCUCUAUUGCUUCUGUAUACAGAAGAUAGUCGAGCGAGAGCCGCCCGAGAGUCGGACAAGGCUCGUCUGACGAGAAACAAGCGUGGAGCUUCGCGGAAAGGCCACAGAGCCCAUCAUAGACGCAAGGAGGCAAGAGAAAUAUGCCAGCGGCGGCCUCUGUACGUGGACUUCGCGGAGGUGGGCUGGAGCGACUGGAUAGUGGCGCCGCAUGGUUACGACGCGUUCUACUGCCAGGGAGACUGCCCGUUCCCUCUGGCCGACCACCUGAAUGGCACGAACCAUGCUAUCGUGCAGACGCUCGUCAACUCUGUGAAUCCAGCCGCGGUGCCUAAGGCGUGCUGCGUGCCGACACAACUCGCUCCUAUAUCCAUGCUGUACAUGGACGAAGCAAACAAUGUGGUGCUCAAAAACUAUCAGGACAUGAUGGUGGUGGGUUGUGGUUGCCGAUGACAAAGGCGCCCUCGCCCGUGUGGACCUAGUGAUAAAAUCGUGGACCCAGUGUAUAUAUAGUAGCGGCCUCGAAAAAUGUACAUAUGUGCCUGUGUAUAUAUUCGUGUAAUUAUAAUAUUAUUGAGACGAAAAUAUAAUAAAUAUAUAUAAUUUUCAAAUAGA